AUGGAUAUAAACAUAAAAACAUCUAUAACAGAUUUGAGUAAUUCUAAGAAUUGCAAAAAUUUGGAAAACGACAAACCGGAAGCUUAUAAUAAAAAUGAAAAGAAUCUACACUUUGAAUCAGCAUCGAUUGAGAUUACAACAAAUUAUAAUGUCCAAAUUCCUUCAUCUUCCCUUCCCCAAUUUCCAAAAACGGCACAUUGUAAUGAUAAUGCCAAAAAUUAUAAUAAAUCUAUAUUGAUUCAAGAGUCAUGUAAAUGUAGUCCUAAAAUCACCGUUGAUAUCAAUCGUGAAAGCAAAAUAAUCAAUUCAUGUAACGCCAACAAGAAUGAAGACAUGAUAAUUGUCUGUCAUGACGAUAAGAUCGUAUCGAAGAUCGAUCUUAAGGAUGACGAGACAAUAUCCUUAGAUGAGAAUCCAAUGAAUUGGCCACGAGGGAAAAAACGGAGAAUUUUAUUUUUGAUUGCUUUUGCCGGGAUGAUAGCGCCUCUUACUAGCACGAUUCUUUAUCCGGCUCUAAAUUUAAUUCGAAAAGACUUGAAUACUCGACAAAUACUUGCAAAUGCGUUAGUCGGCGUAUUUAUCCUAGUUCUCGGAAUCGCACCGCUUGGAUGGGCAUCAUUUUCCGAUACGUGGGGCACUCGACGAAUCGCUUAUUUAUCCUCAUUCUUAAUCUUUAUUGCUGCGUCUUUCAUUUGUGCUUUUUCGUCUAAUAUUUGGUUACUGCUAAUAAUGCGAGCCAUACAAUCAUGCGGUGCUUCAGCUGUUCAAAGUAUUGGAGCGGGGACAAUAGGCGAUAUUUAUCCGCCUACAGAACGAGGAGCAUCUUUUGGUCUAUUUUGCAUCGGUCCGCUACUUGGAACAGUUAUUGGCCCUGUAAUUGGCGGUUAUUUAGGAGAAGCAUUUGGAUGGAGAUCGAUAUUCUGGUUUUUAUCGAUAUUAGGAGUCAUAAUCAUUGUUAUGGUUUACUUUUUUCUGCCAGAGACAUUCUAUCAGCAAAUUCCAACAGACCAACAAAAGAAAAAACGAUUUAACCCAUUCUCACCACUAUCUCUUCUUAGAUAUACACACUUACAAAUAGUGGUAUUCUAUAUAAGCAUUCUCUUUGCAAACGUGUACGCCCAACAUAUUUUAGUCUCGACGACUUUUCCAUCUCAAUACAAUCUUUCAACAAGCGCAACCGGUUGGAUAAUUUUUCCAAAUUGUGUUGGCUACCUGAUUGGAUCGGUUGUAGGCGGUCGGUACUCAGAUUAUGUAUUACUCAAGGAGAAAGAACGGAACGAGGGAAAGUAUGAGCCGGAAUUUCGACUUCGAAGUGUCUGGUUUGGUGCAAUUAUUUUCUCGGCUUCUACAAUUGUGUUUGGAUGGUUGGUAGAGUUUAAGUCGUCUUUGAUAUGGCCUCUAUUAGCAAUGUUUUUCGUUGGCCUUGGAACUAUGCUCAUCUUUUCUUCAGCAUGCAGUUACAUGAUCGACGCAUUCCCGUCAUUAGGCGCUUCAGCAAUCGCCACAAAUAAUUGUAUGCGUUAUUCAGCAGCAGCAGUGAUGACUGUUCUCACUGAACCGUUGCAUCAAGUUUUAAGCAUCGGUUGGAUAUUCACCAUUCUUGGAGCUCUUUCUGUGGUUGGCGGGUUGCUUUUGGUAUUGGUCUAUACUCGAGGUUCAAAAUGGCGUGAACGAGCUUUGGUGAAGCAAAGCAACGUUG